AUGAACUUCCGCACCUGGCACCCCGGAGCUGCCAAAGCUUCACCCCUCGCCCGCUCAAAAGAUGCGCCAUCCGCGGCUGAUCUCACCGGCGUUCGCCUGAACAAGCUCCCCAUGAUGAGGCAAAUAAAACGAGCUGCUGGAGCAAAAGGAAAAGCAAAGGCCCUCCUUGCCACCCUUGACUGGUUCAAAGCCAGGCCGAGGGAUGCGCGUGUCGAGGGACCUUCAAGCAAUUGCAUGGGUGAGGGUGGCGAGGAGGCCGCACUUGAAGUUGAUAAUGACACUGGUUGGAUCAGCCAUCGACUGGAGUUCCCUAAGAAUGACAGGGCCGAGACGCAUCGUGCUGAACAUGAUUACGAGGUUAUCGAUCCUCGAGCCAAGGCACGAGGAUUACGCGAGGGGAACAGGAACAAAAGAGGUCACGACGGUCCGAAGUUAGGCGAGCAUUUCGGAAAGGGAGAUAACUUAUCGUCUCAGGUUUUAUGGCGCCUGUAA